CGGAAAUAUCGACUCCAGAUGUCGGUCAGCAGCCAUCCCCGGCGGACCCGCCAGCUGUCAGUUCAUUCUCACCUACACACCACAUCGUCAGACGGACAAGAUACCGUCUCUGCUUCGUCCUUCAAGAGAAUAGCCUGCGCUGUGCCUCACCCAACCAGCAAGGAUCGCAUUAUUGAAGCAAAGUGCUCGCAAUGGAAGCCCAGCAAACCGAGCUCAACGGCAAGGCGAAAGCCCCUGAGGAUUUCUCCCAUAUUCAAGACGUGCUUGGCCAGAUGGGAUUUUUGAAAACAUACAUCGUCAUCGCGUACGGCCUGCGAACUCAUAGCAGCACUGAUGUGUGUGUUCAAAGCCUCGAAGAUGCCGCUGAAAAGAUCGUUGAGGCUUUCCCUUGGGUCGCAGGCCAUGUGAUUUACCAAGGAAGCGGUCCAGGGAAGACGGGCCUCGCUGCUGUCGUUCCCUAUGCCCCUGGAGAGAGGUCGACACCAGUCAUCGUCAAAGAUAUCAGCGAUACCACAGCCUCUCUUGAAGACAUCAUUCAGGCAGGCGGACCAAUGAGCAUGCUCGACGGCGAGAUUCUGGCUGAACGCAAGGGGCUGCCACACUCCUACGAUGAGAAGCAAGGCCCUGCACCGGUUUGGGUCAUACAAGCCAACAUCGUGAAGGGAGGCAUCCUCCUUUGCUUUCAAGGGAAUCAUCACAUCAUGGAUAUGAACGGCAUGGCCCACCUGAUGCGCCUUUAUUCUAAGGCGCUCAACGGCGAACCCUUCACUGACAACGAGAUCAAGCACGGGAACCGGGAGAGGCGCGGCGUCAUCAAGCUCCUGGGCCCUGACGCCGAGAAGACGGAUAUAAGCCAUUUCAUGGUCAAGACUGCCCCGCCUGCGGCCCCGAAGGCUGAUGUGGCAGCGCCGGACGUGCAAUGGAUCUACCUGCAUUUCGCCGGACCGAAGCUUGCAGAACUGAAAGCUGCGGCCCAGGGUGCAGACCAGUGGAUCUCGACCGAUGACGCCCUGUCGGCUUUCAUCUUUCAGAGAAUCACUGCUGCGCGUAUGAAGCGCAUAGUAGAGAAGAAGCAGCCGAAGAUCGUGUUCUGUCGAGCAGUCAACGGCAGACGAUACCUCGACCCACCACUACCCAAGGAAUACAUGGGGCAUGUGGUUACAUGCACGUACACAGAUGUGCCGCUCGACUCGCCGGCCGCAACCAGCGAUGUUGGUGCCCUGGCCCGCCAAAUCCGUGCCGACAUACUCGGUAUGAAGUCCAACUACAUCGAGUCGUUCGCCACCGCGUUACACGAGCUGGACGACAAGAGCGCCCUCUCCUACGGCGCGCCGUUAAACAUGGCUGGCUGGGAUCUCAUGCUCUCCAGCUUUGCUGGGCUGGGUCUGAACGAGAUCGACUUUGGGAAUGUCUUGGGUGGCAGGCCGGUGUUCACGAAACGCCCGCGGUUCGCCCCAAUUGAGAGCUUGCUUUAUUUCAUGCCGAGAACCGCAGAUGGGGAUGUUGAAAUUGCUGCGUGUCUACGAAGCGAUGACAUUCAGACUCUGAAGAGUGACGAAACGUUCCUGGAGUAUGGUAGUUACGUGGGCUAGAAGGAUUUCAAGGGUUCAUCCCCUGCGUGUCUUCAGAUACUUAGCUACCCUAGGGUGACGACUUCAGUUCUGGGGCCUCGUGUCAUUGCCAGUAUCCUCAGAGAGGGCUGCUCGUAGAACGAGGCAUGAUCAAGGCGGUUGGAGAGUUGAGAUUGAGGUAUUUGGACUGCCUCGUAUUGAUCUGAAUGGGCAUAUGAUUAUACUACAGCAUUACACGAGUCUGACUUAGUAAGGCCAACCUCUUUCCAAUUAC